AAUCACGCGAGGGGCACCAUGAACGUCGCAUGCGGCAUGUUGACGCUUUUGCUCGUCGCGUGGCGGGCCGAGUCGCGCUGCUCGCCAACUUCUUACUACAAAAACUGCUGGAUUCGGAGUUUCCCUGGAAUUGUCGUGGAUACGAAGGCCUCCGAGAAACAAGGGGCUCGGUUGCUCAGGUCUUACCGGGAGGAAGGUGCGCUGACCUGCAGCCGCAGUUGCUGCUUAACGACAAAUGCGUCCUGUAACGUGGCGGUGUUUCACUUCGACGCCACGACAAACAACUGUUGCCACUUGCACUGUCCAACUUUGGAGAGCUGUCUCAUCAGCCACAGUGCUGUUGCUGUCCUCUACAACGUCACUCUUGGUGUGGAUCCUGACCUGUUGGUGUUUGGCAAACACCUCGCGUCCAACAUCCGCGUGGGUCGCGUCAACGCUUCUGAACUGCUUCCCUUGGACAAGCGACAAUUUUUCCAUCCACCCCCACCUGUUGGCACCAUUAAACCAACCAGCACCCCGAAGACCACCAGGAGACCCUCAGCAGUCACCCCGAAACCUCUUUCAUCAUCUGCCACCACGUUCCAGUCAAGCGUACCUCCUCCAUCCAGUUUCGGUUCAACACCUACUUUCCUCUCCACAAUCACCACCACCUGUCCUCUGACUUCUUCAACGUCCACAGGCGGCAUCAACAGCAGCGAGCUGUCGGUCAAAGAGCCAGGCGAGAACAAGUCCACCACCCAAACGUGGAUUCGAGACCAAGGCACCAACAAUCCGAGCAACCAAACACCGGUUAAAAAUGGAGCCAAAAACGAGCCGAGCACCAAGAGGUCAUUUCAAACGGCAAACAUCGAUGAUCCAAGCACCCAAACAUCAUUCGAAGACAAAAACAACAAGUCAAGCGCUCCGACGACAUUUCAAGAGUCAGACACCGAGGAUCCAAGCACUCAGACCUCAGUUCGACAGCGAGUUUCAACUCCGGACGGAGAGGACACCUCGGCGGAUUUGGGACCCGGGUAUCACGGCCUGCCGGUGGUGCUGGUCACCUGUGUGGCGGCAUUGCUGGGCUGUUUGAUUUGGCUGGUUGCAAGCCGGAGGGCAAAGAGGAGGAGGAUGGAAUGCCAUCGUGCGUCCGGGACAAGAGAGACCAUGCGUCUGAUCAAGUAUGAUCCGAAGGUUUGAAGGCGGGUCUGAUCUGGAGGGCUGUAUUUAGUCGCAAAUCAAGCCAUCAAGUCAUUUUUUUAUUUUGGUGAAAGGACGCAAAAUUACAUAAAUACAUCAGAUGGUGUUGGAGACAUUGCAACAAAGUGAUAUAUUUGCUCUCCGUUGCAACUUGUCACAUCUUGAGCACUUUCUUGACGGCCUCUUUGUACUGCAGCACUGCGCUCUCGCUGUCGCCUUGGUUCUUCAGUCUGCUUACCGAGUCCUUGUACUCUUGCACUUCGUUUCUUUCCAGCAGACGCUGGCGUUCUUGCUCGCCGCCGUCCGGCUCGCGUAACAGCGUGUCCAAGAUGUUCUUCUGGGACGGGCUGCCCUCCCACAAAUACUCCUCCAUGUCUGCAACCGUCUUGUCGGCCUCCCACGCCUCGGUUUUCUGAGCAAAGCAAAAAAUAUUAGUCACUUUUAGACUUGACGUCACAAUAAUUUUGCUAUAUUUAUUAAGAACAGUGUUUAUGCUAAUAUGAGCUGGCGAGCCUUCCGUUCCCACGAAGUGGGAAAGCCUGAACGGCGGAUUUCAGCACCAAAUGGAGGUAUACGGUCACCUCGGUUGUGGCAGCUAACAAGUCGGCCCUUUGUGGGCUAGCGUUACAAAAAAACAUCCUGACGCUUGCACAGGGACUAUGCCGGUCAUUGUUUGCGCUAAAGGUCACCAGACGAUUUUCCACUCCCGGCCAAGUGCAUAAUGGGGAAAACAAGAUGCGCAGGUUGAGUGAAGCUUCUUGCUCAAACUGUAUUUGCACUCACCCAGGACUCGUGGUAGAGGACAGUCAACAGGUACAUGGCGUAGUCGUAAUUCUGUUGUCUCAGUGGACAGCUAAAAGGUGCAAAGAGAAAGUGAGUUUUUGUAUAAAUAGUGAUAAGUGUGUGAGUAGUCACCUGUCGGUGGUGAUGGUGAGGACGUCCGACUUUUUGCAGUAUCGCUCCCCGACUAGUUUGAUUAUUUUCUUCCGGGCGUGUUCAUCCAGGUUCAAACUGGACAGCUUCACCUGCGCACCGGCGAAAAAAACAAACAAGGAUGGUCACAUGAUCAAUACCAAUUAAGGCCUUGUUUUUAUAUUCAUGGAUUCAGUGCGUUUGAAGGCUUGGCGGAGUCAUCAAAUUAACCCGUAGUAUGUACUGCCCCCUGGUGGCGAAGGAAGUGCACGGAAAAUGAAUAGUUUGACACUGGUGACAUGAAUGCGGGAAGACCAAUACACAUGCUGAAUCUGUUUUACAGACUUUUUAGUAAACAAUUGCAUUACCUUAGAAAUAAUAAACAAAAAUGGCGAAAAUUCAUCAAUAAUCCAUCACCAAAAAAUUACAAUAUGUUGAUUCUGGUGGUGACAAAAAAAAAAAAGUAAAACUCACUAGGAGAUGAACGACACGAGCGGCGGGGUUCCGUAUGGUGAGUCCAGCCGACACGUAGUCGCUGCUCUCCACCUGGAUGGGGAAGUGCUGCUCACACUUGGCGUCUGUGUCCAAAGCGGACGGCCACGCACUGCAGAACGCUGGCGACACACGGUCAUUAGGAGGAAUCUUUUUUUUUUUUUUUAAAUAAAUAAAUAAGUCAUUGUGCUUACGUUUGAGGGCUUCACAGUGUUUUCGGAUUGCUGCUGGUGUCAAGUGGAGAAAGUUGGGAAUCUGUUGAAUGAGAGAAGUUUUUUGAGCCUCAUGUCAAGAUGGUUUGUUUGUGUUGGGUAAUUUACAGUAAAUACUGAUUCAAGUUGA